CUCCCUCUUUCUCACAUAAACAAAGGAUAUUAUUAUAUCAGGGCCUACUCCGGCGUGCAGGCUCUGCAAUCCUCUCUCUAGAAAUUGCAGAGAGCGAAGGAGAGAAAGAAAGAGGAUCGAAAACCCUUUGCAUUUCAGUGAAAUUAGGGUUCCUUUUCCCUUUCCCUUGCAUUUCUCUCCGAUCUGCUUCAGAUUCUUGAAGAUUCACAGAUCUCUGAAAAUACUUCGAUCGAUCACGAGAAUCUGAUGUGGCGGGUUUAAAUCUCGAGGUUUUGGAGAGAAAUUGAUGUUCUGCUCGAUCUCUUAUUUCUCACCUCCUCUUGGUUUCAUUUGAUUUCUGAAAAUUGGCGCCGCAACGCCGGGCGCAGCAGCGCCACAUGGGUGGCCAGAUGCAUCAGAGCAAUGCUGCAGCGGCGGCCGCUCUGUACGAUGCGGGGCCUGCGAGCAGUGACACAGGUGAUGCGGUCAUGGCACGGUGGCUCCAGUCCGCAGGGUUGCAGCAUCUGGCUUCUCCAUUGGCCUCGACUGGGAUCGACCAUCGCCUCUUUCCCAAUCUCCUCAUGCAGGGUUUUGGAGCACAAUCUGCCGAGGAAAAGCAGAAGCUUUUUAAAUUGCUGAGGAACUUCAAUGGUGAGUCGGGCUCUGAACCAUACACCCCAACUGCUCAAAGUUCAGUUGCAACGGCUGCAGUGGAUGGUUUUUAUUCGCCUGAAUUGAGAGGGGAGUUUGGGGCUGGGCUUUUGGAUCUUCAUGCUAUGGAUGACACAGAACUUCUUUCAGAGCAUGUUAUGUCAGAACCCUUUGAGCCAUCACCUUUCAUGCCUCCUGUUACCAAGGGGUUCGAUAACGACUUUGAUGCAACGACUAGCAGGCAACAAAGAAGCCAAGCUGAUGCCUCAGUUAGAUUAUCAACUAGUGAAAAAGAGGCAGGUUCGAAGGAGAGCAACCUGGCGAAGAUUAAAGUUGUGGUUCGAAAAAGGCCUUUGAACAAGAAGGAGCUGUCUCGAAAAGAAGAGGAUAUUGUAACCGUCUAUGAUAAUGCAUACUUAACUGUUCAUGAGCCAAAGCUAAAGGUGGACUUAACCGCAUAUGUGGAGAAGCAUGAGUUUUGUUUCGAUGCUGUACUGGAUGAGCAUGUUUCCAAUGAGGAGGUAUACCGUGUUACGGUAGAGCCGAUCAUUCCUACCAUUUUUCAACGAACAAAAGCAACAUGCUUUGCAUAUGGUCAAACAGGUAGUGGUAAGACAUUCACCAUGCAACCCUUACCCCUCAAAGCUUCAGAAGACAUUGUGAGAUUAUUGCACCAACCAUCCUAUCGUAGUCAGAGAUUUAAGCUUUGGCUUAGCUAUUUCGAGAUAUAUGGUGGUAAACUUUUUGAUCUUCUCAGUGAUAGAAGGAAACUGUGCAUGAGGGAAGAUGGCCGGCAACAAGUUUGUAUUGUUGGAUUGCAGGAGUUUGAGGUUUCAGAUGUACAGAUCGUUAAAGAAUUUAUUGAGAAGGGGAAUGCGGCAAGAAGUACAGGCUCAACUGGUGCCAAUGAGGAAUCUUCAAGGUCCCAUGCUAUUUUACAGCUUGUUAUUAAGAAGCACAAUGAGGUCAAAGAAUCCAGAAGGCACAAUGAUGCAAACGAACCGAAGAUUGGAAGGGUUGUUGGAAAGAUCUCUUUUAUUGAUCUUGCUGGUAGUGAGCGCGGUGCUGAUACCACUGAUAAUGAUCGGCAGACCCGAAUUGAGGGAGCAGAGAUCAAUAAGAGCCUUCUGGCACUAAAGGAAUGUAUCCGUGCUCUUGACAAUGAUCAGAUUCAUAUCCCAUUUCGUGGGAGCAAACUCACAGAGGUGCUUCGUGAUUCUUUUGUUGGCAACUCGAGGACUGUCAUGAUUUCUUGCAUUUCCCCAAAUGCAGGCUCCUGUGAACAUACACUUAAUACCUUGAGAUAUGCUGAUAGGGUUAAAAGCCUCUCUAAGAGUGGUAAUGCUAAAAAGGAUCCAGUCCCAGGUCCCACUGCUGGCAAGGAAUCUUCAUCAGCAUCGUUGUUACCUGUUUCUGUGGAGUUAGAGGAUCCUUUUGACCAAAACCAAGAGGUUAAAGUGGCUGAUCCGAGUCGGAGAGUUGUAGAAAAUUUCUCGUAUAAUUCUACUGCUGACUUUGAUAGACACUCUUCCAGCUUCCCAGCGAAUUACCCCUUUAACGGAAGGGAGGAAAGCGGGGCAACUUCUAGUUCUCUAGAUCGGGAGAGGGUCGAUGUGAAAAAUAGCUUUGGAGGUUCGACUAGUAAUAAACCAUUUUCAUCUGCUCAAAACUCAUAUGAUACAGCAGAGGAUGAGAAAGUGCAGAAGGUGUCCCCUCCUCGCAGAAAAGUUUCAAGAGAAGAAAAAUCUGAAAAGCAGAGCAAUUGGACUAAGAAAGAUGGCAUAUCUGAUCCUCCCACCAUCAGUUACAAGCAACAGCCUAUGUAUGAUUCUAGCUCGAACAAUGUUGCACCAAAACAAUAUGAGCAUGAACCUCGUACAAGUCAUGAUGGAGAAAUCAAUGCAAUACUUGAGGAAGAAGAGGCUCUCAUUUCAGCUCAUAGAAAAGAAAUUGAAGAGACGAUGGAGAUUGUGCGUGAAGAAAUGAAGCUACUUGCAGAGGUGGACCAACCGGGCAGCCUGAUUGAUAAUUAUGUGACCCAGCUAAGCUUUGUGCUCUCGCGCAAGGCUGCAGGUUUGGUGAGCCUCCAGGCUCGCCUGGCAAGGUUCCAGCACCGUCUGAAGGAACAAGAGAUUCUCAGUCGGAAGAAAGUUCCCCGUUAGUCUGCCGCAGACCGUGCCGUGAGUCUCUCCCUUCCUCUCUAAAGCCCCACUGGUUCUCUACUAUCUUAAGGCCCUGCUUCUGGUCUCAACUGAAGUGGCUCAUCGUUGAUCUUUUUUAAUAUUUUUCAUGUAUCUUCUAAACCGUAUUGUUUGUUGCUAUCAAGAUUGCAAUCAUACAUAUUGAAUCUCCCAAUGGCGGAGAUUUUUGUCAGACUUAAGGAGGCACUGAUGCGUUUCUAUUCUCAUUUCCUCAAGUCUCUCAAUCAAUGUUGGAGGAUGGGUUUUGGGUGUGUAGGGACUGCGGCAGGCCAUCUGUAGAGGUAGGUUCAGCCAUUGGAGAUUUGAGUUGGGUUGGCUUUGCUAUGUAUUUCAUUUGUAUCGAGACAUGGGUUCUGCAAUCUGCAGAUAACAAUGAGGACACAUCAACUUUGUUGAAUUGUGACGGGAAAUGAUUUAACAGAACAAAUCCAUUUCUCCACAGAAGGAAAAAAAGAAAAGAAAAGAGAGAAUGCAAUCUAGAGUCUUAUUUCCAGUUA